GGCACCAUGUCCAUGCUGCCCACCUUCGGCUUCACGCAGGAGCAAGUGGCAUGCGUGUGCGAGGUGCUGCAGCAGGGCGGCAACAUCGAGCGGCUGGGCCGCUUCCUGUGGUCGCUGCCCGCCUGUGAGCACCUCCACAAGAAUGAAAGCGUGCUCAAGGCCAAGGCCGUGGUGGCCUUCCACCGCGGCAACUUCCGCGAGCUCUACAAGAUCCUGGAGAGCCACCAGUUCUCGCCGCACAACCACGCCAAGCUGCAGCAGCUGUGGCUCAAGGCGCACUACAUCGAGGCGGAGAAGCUGCGCGGCCGGCCCCUGGGCGCUGUGGGCAAAUACCGCGUGCGCCGCAAGUUCCCGCUACCGCGCUCCAUCUGGGACGGCGAGGAGACCAGCUACUGCUUCAAAGAAAAGAGUCGCAGCGUGCUGCGCGAGUGGUACGCGCACAACCCCUACCCUUCACCCCGCGAGAAGCGUGAGCUGGCGGAGGCCACGGGCCUCACCACGACGCAGGUCAGCAACUGGUUCAAAAACCGGCGGCAGCGCGACCGGGCGGCCGAGGCCAAGGAAAGGGAAAACAGCGAGAACUCCAGUUCCAACAGCCACAAUCCGCUGGCUUCGUCGCUGAACGGCAGCGGCAAGUCGGUGUUAGGCAGCUCGGAGGACGAGAAGACUCCGUCGGGGACGCCAGACCACUCGUCGUCCAGCCCCGCGCUGCUGCUCAGCCCGCCGCCGCCACCCGGGCUGCCGUCCCUGCACAACCUGGGCCACCCUCCGGGCCCUAGCGCGGUGCCAGUGCCCGUGCCGGGCGGAGGCGGCGCAGACCCGUUGCAACACCACCACGGCCUGCAGGACUCCAUCCUCAACCCCAUGUCGGCCAACCUCGUGGACCUGGGCUCCUAGAACCCCGCUUGCCUUGACGCGCUGGCCUUCCCGGCUUGGCGCCGGGGACCUGAGAGAGGCGGUGUUCGAGGGCGCCCCGCGCCGGCGGCCUCACCAGGUACUGAGAGACCCGCACGCUGAGCGGGCAGAACCGCCGGCCGGGCAGGGCGGAUGGCUGUCUGUUUUAGUGCUUGUUCGGGAUUUAUUUUUCAACGUUUUCUUUUGAGAUUCUUUGGAGGCUGGGGAACUGGGUCUCCAACCAGAGAAGGGAAUAAAUUAUACACCAUGCUUGUUCUCUCUCUCCUGAUCUUCUCCCUUUCUUUCUUUAACCCUCUCUUGCUUUCCCUUGCCUUGUCCCCCUUCUUUCUCUGCAUUCUCUACUUUCUUCUCUCCUGUUUUCUGUCUCUCCCUUUCUUGCUCCCCCCCCUUCUGUGUCUGUUUCAUUCCAGAUUUCUGACUUGCCACCCUCCUCACCCCGUGUGUCUAUCUCUGUCUCUCUCUCUUUCUCCUCUCCUGUCAGCCUCUUGCCCUGUUUUUUGGCCACUCGGUCUGUACCCCUCAAUCUGUCUCCUCCUGCCUGGUGUCUGUUUGCUUCUUCCCCAUCCCUCACUCCCAGGCUUAGCGGGGUGGGGAGGCGGGGAAGCAGAAGAAAGACCCGGCCUUUGAACUUAGGCGUCUCCAGAGGCCCUCCCCCAUACCCAAGGGGGAGUGGGGCUGCAGGUGUCAGCUUUUUGCUCAGUAACUUAAGUGAAAGAGAAAGGGCGAUGCCACAGAAGCCCCUGAACGCCCCCGGUCGCUGUCCCUCGCCCCUCUCUCUGCGUUGCGCUCUCCUCUUCCUCCCGGGACUGUGGCCUCAGCGCUCCCGGCAGAGCGUGCCUCCCGAGCUGCGGACUUGAC